CAAUGGGUGCUCAAUGUAUCAUAUGGCAGUCAGUGAACGGCCGUGUCUUAGUGUCUGUGAUAAUUGGAUGCGAGAGAACCAGACAGAUGUUGGUCGAAGUCCCAAUAGUGUGAUCCAGCUAAAGGUUCAGACAUGUACCAGAGGAUGUGGCAUUGGGCUGGAGGAGUUCUACAAAUCUGUGGUAGGGAUAACGCGGACAAAACUUCCGAAGGCAAAUGUCGUCAAGGAUGGUAUUACCCACAAUUCUGUGCUGCUGUCAUGGCCGAAGGCAGACUGGGAGGGCAACAUGACUUUUCAGUUGCAAGUUCGGAUCGUCGACACAGACUCAGACUGGCAGAAUCACAAGGACUACAUUGUAUUGCAGUCCGGAAACAUAAAUGUUACCAAUCUUUUGCCGUUCAUUACAUAUCAGUUCAAAAGGAUAUUCCAUAUUACAACUGUACAUUCCUUGGAGACAAAUGAGUCCUCAGUAGUGAUGACUCUCCCAUUUGGAGCACCAUCCAGCGCCCCAACAGUUACUAGCCUGAUCGCUCUCUCCCCAAACACAAUUUCUGUUUCAUGGCUUCCUCCAAUUUACACAAAUGGCCCGUUGCUAAGUUACCGCCUCUCUUUGAUGCCAUUGGCUGGCGAUGGCCACAUGAUCAGUACAGACGUCCCGGAGGAUAAAAACUCUUGGAUAUUUGGCCACCUUUUGUCCGGGCGCGAUUAUGAGGUCACAGUUUCUGCAGUAAAUUCCGCUGGGGAAGGACCCGCCUAUUCCAAAAGCGUGACAACCCCAAUACCCGGAAACUUGAGCAUGAAGGAGACACCAUACUUGGUUCUUGGUGCAGAGAAUUACGUUGUCAAGCAGCGCCUACUGGAGCUACUCACGCGAGACUAUGAGAAAAUCGUGACAAAACCUAAGAGCAUACUAGUUACAGGUAUUGGAGUCCACACAGGUUUAGAGAUCGUGCUUAUAGCAGACGACAGCGGGCGUGUGACGAUGGUGGAUAUUAACGGCACGCUUUUAGAUUCAGACAUGUACCGAGGGGCAUAUCUCUCACAGCCCACCUCCAUUGAUGUGGACUGGUUACAUAAUUACUCCUAUGUUGCAGAUGGUCAUCGGAUUUACAAAUGCGCUUUACUUCAACCAUUCUCAUGUGACAUUGCAUUGGAGAUUAUGCCAUAUUCUCCAAAAGUGUUGAAAGUAGAUCCACUGAGUGGGUAUCUGUAUUACUCCAUCUACAAUCAUACUAGCAAGAAGGGACUGUUUCGCAUUGACCUUGCAGAUGCAGGAAAACAUGGUGAACCCUACCCCACCCAUCUUAUAAAUGCCGAUAUCUCAGGGUUUGCAAUAGAUUACGAAAACCUGUUGAUCUAUUACCCAAAUUCAACUCAUAAUACCAUAAUGUCAGCAUUUCUGGAUGGGUCCAGUGUUUCAGACACCCGCAAAGGCACCGUAGCGAGACCACAUUUUCUGAACAUAGAAAGCUUAGUGAAGUAUGAUGGGAAAUACGUCUGGACCAAUGGGACGCGAAUGUUCAGUGAGGAGUAUGACGCAGGAAAUGGGACUUAUUACCACCAUUCUUUAGCAUUGCUGGAGAGACACUUCACUGCGUUCAAUCUGUAUUUCCCCAAUUCUCAGCCUGUGCCAGUUCCUUUGAGCCCACCCCGGGAUGUUCAAGUUCUAUUCACAUCCAACCAAGCCUAUGUGACAUGGCAGGUGACACAGAAAUUAAAUUACCAAGGCCAAGGAGCAUUCAACCAAUGGAAUUAUGAGGUUGCAGUACUAAACAAGCAAGGCAAUGUGAUUCAAAGCAUUGAAGCUUCCAAGGGACUGUCCCUGAACGUUCCUGACCUUUACCCAAAUACUGACUACAGGGUCAAGGUCAGAGCCAAGUCAAGGGCCGGCAAUGGUCCGUGGUCAGCAACCUUCUUGGGAAAAACAUUAAAACAAGCUGACAGUGACAGUGCCUAUCUGAUAGUGGCUGUCAAGCACCAGCUACAAGAGGUGGCCCUCAAUGGUGUUGUGGGUAAAACCAUCGUGGACACAUGGCCCAUUUACCCUGGAGUAGCAGAUCUAGCAUGGUAUGAAGACAAAGUGUUUUGGACCAGCAAUGAUGGCGACAUCUUCAUGCACAGGAGGAAUACUACAGAGAAACCAAGCAAGUUGGAUUUUGCGCGUGAUGCUCGCUGCGUGGCAUUUGAUUGGCUGGGACUGCGUGUGUAUUGGUCGGAAUAUAGGAAUGCACAGAUAAAGCGAGCAGAAAUAAAUGGAAACAAUGUCCAGUUUAUCUACUGGGCACAAGCCCGUCACAUGGCCUUGGACAGCCUGGAAGGUCGUCUGUAUUGGGUCUCCAUGACAUCAGUAGAAUCUACAACAUUGAAUGGGGACGAUCAUUUGGAAUACUUUGGACUGGAACCAUUCUCUAGUUAUCAGAUUAUAAGCUUGACAAUAGACCAGGACAUGAAGAAAAUUGUUUGGUACGUGAAAGGCUUUGAGGACCAGUCGCUUUACGUUGGCGACCUUGUGACCUCCAGUAACCAGGGAAACCAUGAGGCCAUCAUAAAAUCAGUGACAAUGCUGGGGAAAUUGUAUGAUAUAGACAGAUACUCAGUUCUUCAACAUUUUUCCCAUCGACUGGUCUGGAUUGAUGCCUCCGAGCGAGUUCGUAUAGGUGAACCACUCGCCAACUCUUCAGCAGCCAUAUCAACCACAAAACUUCCUGUUGCUAUGGUUACAUUAGUCCAUCACACUUUGCAACCAUAUCCGGCUGGUUUGAACAGCUAUACAGUACGAGUAAUCCCACAAUCCAUCAGGCCUGGUUCCGUUAGUUGCCAAGGGGAAUGGUCACAUUUCAAUGUUACCUGGCAACCAGCUACAGAGGUUAACCAUGGAAAGGUUCGCUAUGAACUCUCCAUAGAAACUGAGGGUCGUCCUAAAAGUUUUCAGGUGGUGAAUGACUCCUGGUUUGAAGUAUCAGGGCUGGCUCCCUACUCUGCCUUAGUUGUUUCCCUCCAAGCCUUCACAGUUUGGGGAACCGGAAAUAGGAUAGUAACCACAGUGUGGUCACCCAUGUCAAUCCCAGGCCAGCCAGUGGGACCCAAAGUAUAUGUAACCCAAAGAAAAAAUGACGCAGCAUCCAGACAGACACUCGCUGCGGAUUUCCGCUGGAUGGAACCCACUACUAUGAACGGUGUGCUCAGUAGCCAGAAUGUCUACUAUUGGAAGAGUAGUGACCCCACGGCUGUUACAACCACCUCCCUGUCAUCAUCUGCAAGGCAUUAUGUACUGGCUGACCUGAUGAAUAACAUAACAUACUACUUUCAGGUGGAGUGUUGCACAAAAGUUGGAUGUGGUCCCAGAUCGGCCAUAGUGAACGCCACCACUGAUGCCGUCAAUCCAGUACCAAGGCUACUCAUUGCAUCAACCACUGGAGUCAUAGAGGCAGAGGCUGACAAUGUGUUAAACACCUCCGUUAUCGUGACAACCAAGCAUGUGACAGCCCUCGCCCACCUGUCACAGGCCCACCUGUCACAGGACGAUGCAUUCUUCUGGAUCACAAGGGAGAGAAAUCUGGAGCGCUUGCCAUCAAAAGAUAAUAGAAAGUUACUUCACAUAGAGGGUGAAGCAAGUCCCAUAACCCUGGACUGGGUCAGUAGGUCUCUGUACGUUGCCCAUAGCAACCAGUCCAACAGCGCCAUCUUGAGAUACAAUAUUGACCAGGGUACCUAUGAGACCGUGAUUGAGAGAACAUCCCAAAUAGUCGAUAUGGUGGUGGACCCUUUUACCAGCUCGUUAAUUUGGACAGAACGUAUAAGCAGACAGGGCACCCUCUUUAAAUCAAACACAAACAAUCUCUCGCACGUUCAACCUUUUUUCACCAACACGAUUCGUCAGAAAAGAACAACCAACUCAACAUGCACGUGUCUCAAAAGCCCCUGGGCCAGUUCCAAGGGGGCAGGGGUAACCAUAGCGAUGGAUCUGUCCAAUGACGGACACACUGAGCUUAUAUUCGUUGAUGCAGAAAACUUACGGCUGAUGGCAGCCAGUUUGGAUGGGUGCCAUUGCAGGGUUUUGCUGAAUACAACAGAAACAGACAGAAAAGGUCUCCCCCCAGACCAUAUGACUGUGGACCAUGUGUAUAUCUACUGGUACCAGGCUUCCACCAGCACCCUCUACAUUAUGGACAAGGAGACUGGAACCAUCAAGACCACACCUUUGGAUCAUGUGACCGACAUCCUGGCAUUUGAGUCUCACCUGCAGCCAUUGCCUGGUUCUGAAUGCCUUGACACUGCACCUUACUCCGACAAGGUCAAUGUUGUCUCAGUAACGAACACCAGCAUAGGGCUGAGGUUGCAUGACGUUGUUUGGCCCGAGGCUUGUGCCAAUAUCAGUCAUCCAGCUGUGAAAUACUGGGUGUUUUAUCGCGAACUGGACGAAAUGAACCCGUCUGCUGAUUGCAGCAACACAGGAUCUGCCUGCAUGAACCAGUCCAGCUAUGACUCCAGUGUUGCAGUCUCGGGUCUGCAGCCCUAUAGACCAUAUGUACUCCAGGGGUCAGUGAGUACGUUCUACUCCCAGUACUCCGUGGGGGACAGGACCAAUGUUAUGACACACCCUGGAGUUCCAUCACCUGUGGAAAACAUCAGAGCUUUACCACAGAGUCCUAACUCAGUAAGUGUCUCCUGGCUGCCACCAGCCCAGCCCAACGGUCCAAUGGAGGGAAUCAUGUAUUUCAUUCGCUGGUCCGCCAUAUUGCAGGACGGCACUCGACACAUGAAGAUGUCGGAUGCAAUGACGCACAAUGCGUCCCAGUUGGAAUCUUGUGCCAGUCUCAGAUACUGUGAGACGAUUGACAAUCUGUUAGCUGACCAGGCUUACUCCAUACAGGUGAUAAGUAAUCAGACAAGUGGAAACUUUGUGACUGAAAGUGAGCCUGUCCCAGUCCGCACAUUCGAGCAACCAACUGACAUCGAGAUGUUGGAUGUCACUAAUACGUCCAUUCACGUUUCCUGGAGAUUCCCUGUAGACUUUUAUUCAGUCAGAUUAGUUUACAUUUUUUAUGAACAGGUGACAGACAUCAUGCCUGGGAAGCAUUACUCCAAGCAGCAGUUCGAUAUCAUCACAGAAAACAACACCCUGUAUAACCAGUCCUUUGUAGGGCUGAAGCCCAACACGGAGUACGCGUUCCAGCUACGUAUUAUAUACAGGGACAUGUUUGAUAUCUACUAUUGGCCAAAUACUGCAACGGACGUGAAAUACGCCUUUAAAACUCUGACGGGCAUUCCAGGACCUCCGGAACCUCCUACAGUUCAGGAAUUCCGCGCCAGAGAAUUUGAGAUCAUAUGGAUGAAGCCAGAUGACAAUGGCGAGCCUAUUGAACACUAUAUCCUGCAAUACAAGUUAAUUGACAAGGAAAAUUGGAGUAUAGCAUGCAACAUGACGGACACGCGCUGGGUGAUAGACGAAGGAGUGUUACAGAGGGGCUACACAUACAUGUUCCGAGUCCAGGCCCAGAACAAGAAGGGCUGGGGGCCAUCCAGCCUCAACAGCACGCCGUUUUCAUACCCCAUGCUGGAAGUGGAGCAGGAAGGGGACAUGGUGACGGUGGUGGCAGUUGUCUCCGCCUUCAUAUCCGUGGUGAUUGGCAUGUCAGUCAUCGCCGUCUGCUAUUCGGUGUGCCGUCGGCGUCGUGAGGAGAAAAAGAAGGACUCAGAUUUCAUGGCGGUGACCCGGGGCCCUGACCUUGAACUGGCCACACUGCGCGAGCUGCCCAUGACUGCCAUACAGCAGAACAAUACUCUGUAUGCCAUGAGCAUUGUACCAACUGAUGAUGAAAUAGCUGCCCUGCCCCAUUUCCGUCGGGACCAGCUUGUGUUGUGUAAAUUCCUGGGAAGCGGUGCAUUCGGCGAAGUGUUUGAGGGGGUGGCUAAAAAUAUCCUCAAUGAGAGUUCUGGUGAUACACGCUGUGCUGUUAAGACAUUGCGAAAGAGUGCCAGUGACCAGGAAAAGGAUGAGUUCCUCAAGGAGGCCCUGCUGAUGUCAAACUUCCACCACGAGCAUAUCCUGGGCCUCCUGGGGGUGUGUCUCGAUAACGACCCGCAGUUCAUCAUCCUCGAACUCAUGGAGGGCGGAGAUCUGCUGUCCUUCUUAAGGGCCUGUAGACUUUCUUCAAUCCAGCAGCAGAGUCGCGUAGAGCUCUCUCUGAUGGACCUGGUCAAGAUAUGUGUGCACGUUGCCAGCGGCUGCAAGUACCUGCAGGACAUGCGCUUCGUACACAGGGACUUGGCUGCCCGCAAUUGCCUGGUAUCAUCUCUCAACCUAUCCAACAUGGUUGUGAAGAUCGGAGACUUUGGCCUUGCCAGAGACAUCUACAAGAAUGACUAUUAUCGGAAAGAGGGCGAGGGCCUACUUCCUGUUCGAUGGAUGUCGCCGGAGUCUCUCGUGGACGGAGUGUUCACCACACACUCUGAUAUCUGGGCAUUUGGCGUGUUGAUGUGGGAGGUGGUGACGUUUGGUCAGCAGCCUUACCCAGCCCGUACCAAUAUGGAGGUGCUGCACUUUGUGAGAGGCAGCGGUCGACUGGACAGGCCCGACAACUGCCCGGAGGACUUCUACCAGCUGAUGUGCAAGUGCUGGAGUUUCGACCCUCUGGAGCGCCCCUCGUUUGCGUACCUUCUCCAGCAGCUUCAGAAGUUCCACGAGACCUGUCAGAGUGUCUCUGAGUACCUGUUGCCAAUUUCUUCCAACCGUACAUUUGCUCAAGUGGCUGGGUCAGCGUACCUGAGCAUGAGGCAAAGGAGACUCAUGUCCUCACAGAGUGAUGGACCCGAGUACCGCAGCAUCAAUCACGUCGGAUACAGCAGUCAUAACUCGUAUGGCAAAAUUCAUCGGGCAACAUCAUUUGACACGCCUGAACCCAAGGACGCUACAGACCAAAUUCAGAUUGAUGCUGCCAAUUAUCUUGAGCCAAAGUCGUGUCAUGCUCCGCACUACAUUGAAUUUCUGCCAGACCAUCAGACUGCCAACUACGUAUACGACGCUGAUGGCAAUAGACUCAGGAGUGAGGGUAGUAAAUCGGAACUAUCGGCAAAUACCACAGGGAUUAUUAAGAAAGGACCAAACUAUGUGCAGACCACCGUGAAAGAAAACUUCCAAGUGUACAGUUCUAAUUAUGGAAAGUUUGUGAACCAGAAAGAGAGCAGUUCAACUAUGGAUGUGGAAAAUGACUCUGAGGUAAAGCAGAUUUUUGCCCAUCAAAAGAACAGCGCCGAUUCGGUUAUAAUGAAAUCCAUGGAAACCGUGAACCUUGGCCGAGAAAGUGCACAGAGUUCAAUAAUUCAGUGUUCUAACACACUUAACUCGCAGAUAUUAAAUGCUCCAUCUGGCAUAAGCAACCUUUCUAAUCGCUCGUUUGUGCGAAAACAGCGUCUUGAUUCGUCAAACUCAAUAAAAUCGUUUGACUCAGUGCAAACAGAGCCCGCCUAUGCUACAUACAACAGAGGAAAGCUGUAUUCCACCUCCUCCUCUAGAUCAAACUACUCCAUGUCAAAUAUUUCAGAAUCAGCCGUAGAACAAAUCUCUCCGAUUUCAAUACCUGAAAUAAUCCCAGACCCAGUAGCCCAGCAGUUCUGGGUGAACAAUGCAAGGGAUUGCAACAACUUGAAAACAAAAAAUCCAGAUUUGUUGGAGUAUCUCAACAUGUUGUCCCGGUCACAGAUCUAUCCUGAGAAUGCAGGGCCUUUGGCCGGAUAUGAUAUUGUAAAUGCUAGUCUUGUAUAGCACAAACUGUGGUCAUUUGUGUCCACAAUUAUUAAUUUUGUCGUUUUUUCUACUGAAAUGUUUUGGAAUGUUUAUUUAGGAAACAAUUUGUUAGUGACAGUCAGCAAGUAUAAGAUGUCUAAACUGUUUUAAAGCGUAUUUCAUUUGCACUAAAUGCUGCGAUAUUGGAAACUACCGGUGUGUACUUUGAAAUGCUCUUUUGAUAGACUAGAAAAUCCAGAUAAAAUUCUUUAAAUAUGUAGCUUUUCAGCAUUUUUCUUGCAUUUAUGCACUUAAGUGCAUUAAUUGUGUAUUUUUCCAGAUAAAUAAUACUUUUUAUAACAUGACCUAAGCUCCAGGAGUGAAAUAACGUAAUGCUAAAUUUGGUUUAUUACACGGGUGUUAUUACACUAGUUAUAUAACUGUGAACUGACGUCAAUUUUUGACAAAAUGAAGUCAUUAUUCCAGAAAAUUUCUUCAGUUAAACUCUUUUGCAAUGUGAAUAAACGGUGAAAAGAGCAUUAAAUAAAAAGAAAAUUUGUUGGUCUUGUUAUAAAUAAAAUCUUAGAUUCGUGGUCAUUUUGUAUUUAAUUUAUUAAACUCGUCAUCUAAAUAAAGAUAAAAACUCGGCAAGCCUCGUUUUUAUCUUUAUUUAGAUGAUUUGUUUAAUAAAUUCAAUACAAAAUGACCACUCAUGCAAGAUCCUCUAUUUAUAAUUGAGUAAAAAGACUUACCUGUUACGAGUAUUUUAAGUGUUUAUUACCGUGUAUACAUUAAAAUACAUUUAUAUGUGAAUUUGUUAGGUAUUUGUAAAAAAAAAGAGAGCACAUUUUGGACAAAUUAGAGCAUUGACCAAUACCAUGCACACUAGCUGUCUCAGAAAUCUGGCAUGUAGAUUUUCUAUGAAAUCAUUAUAUUUUGGUUGCAAAUUAUACAAAUUGAAAUAUGGUUUUGUGUUGAUAAAUCAUAUAGAAUAUAGCUUAAGUUUAUGGUUUUUAAUUGUAAAUACUUUAUGUUUCGAGACAUUAAAUUUUUAUUAUGGCAUACAUGGUGCUUGUAAAUACAAGUUUAUAUCUUUUAUUAUAAUUCAUCUUUGAAUAUGCUGAAUCUGUAUUUUUUUUAAUUUGUUGAUAUCUCUCAUUGUCAAAAAAUACUGUUUGCAUUGUUUCACAUUCCCGUAUGAAUAUAUCCCUUAUAGUAUUAUAGAUAAGUAGCAUGAUUUUUUAAUGAAAGAAAACCUUUGAAGGAAAAAGCUGCUGGCCGUUUUUGAAUUUCUUUAUUUACAUUUAGACUUGUCCAUUUUGGAUGAUUAUCUGUGAAUUCCUGCAACUUGUACUGACACUGACAGCACCAGAUACUACAGCAUUAAGCAAUCGGAUAACCAGCAAAAUUAACUUCAUAUCUUUUGUCUAAAGUAAUUUUUAAUUGUAUAUUUUUCAAAAAAAAAUAGUUUAUUUGCAAAACAAUGCUUUAAUUUUACAGGUUUGGCAUCUUUAAAUGUAUAUAACAUGUACAUAGAAAUAGAGACACAAAUAUAAAACUUAUUUGUACUGUAAAAUUGAGUGUACUAGUAUUACAAUACUAGUAUCUGGUUUUCUUGCAACGUUAUUGUUAAGCCUGUUUCAGAAAUAAGUUCCUAUAUCCAUGUAAAAUAACACCUUUGGCAUAAUGAAGGGAUAAGCAAUGUUUAUUUUAUUUUUAUAUAUUACCUAUGUUGUUUUUGACUUCAGAAUGUAGUACAUAAAAUAGGGUAUAAAAGAAAACAUGAACAUGUUGCAUGUAUAGCAAGGACGUGAGGUCUCUGAUAUUUAAGCUGCAUCAUGUAAAAAUGGGUCUUAUGAUAUAUGCGGCCAGCGUAGCUCCUUUACAGAUUGGGUGAAUGCCAUGUCUUCUAUAAAGUUAUACAAGGUUUUGUGGGCUCAUUAGAAGACAGGGUCUGAAGCAACACUGUCUACAUAAGACCCAUUAUGCCUAACCCAUGUCAAUUUAUUCUGUAUAUAAUUGGUUAAACUGACGCGAAUUACAGUAUACCAUUCCUGUAUGGUUGAAGACUUUAACUGUAGAAAGGCGUGAUUAAUGUACUUUGUUCAUACGGACAAUGCCCAAGCUAGUAGAGAGCUUUAGUUGUUAUUGUAUACUUUAAAAGAAUAUUAAAUUAAUGCGAAAAAAUUAAUUAGAAAGUCUUAUGAAAAAAUACUCACCAGAUUUUAUGUAAAAAAUCAAAACUGUUUUUGCAUCAUAAUUUGACUCAAACGUUCUCUCAGGUAUAUUGUUAUUUCCCUUUAAACAAUCCCAACCUUUCAUUAUUUGAAUUACUUACUGUAAUGUUAGUCAAAUACCUUCAAAUAAAUAUUGAAUAGUUUUGUAAAAGAAGACAUCUAAUCUGUUACUAGUACUUUCUUUUCCUUGGACAAUAUGGCGAUAAUAAACAGUAGCUGAUUGGUUAAUCAGUUAGUCUGAUUGACCUCUAGCCAGGGUUUAAUUUUAUCCUAUUACCAGAUGAAAAUGGAUAGUAUAACAACGAUCGUAUAAACAUUAGCUUUAUACUAUCGCUAUUUUUUAAGAUCAGAUUUGGGUUUUUCCAAAAAUUGGAGAAUCUGUUUUUGUCAACAACAGAAAAACAAAAUCGUCAACAAAUGCGAUAUUUUACAAUUAUUAAUCGAAAAUAGGAAAUAAAAAAGCACCAGUGGGUGUGUAACUAGUGAAAAUCAAUGUACUUUAAAUGAUCCCUUAUACGUAAACCACAAUUGUACAAAUCCAUAUCUAUCCUCUUUAACUUUAUUUGUAUAUAUGGAGAUGUUCAUAAGACUAUUCCAAGUUGUGUCUCAUCCAAAGUAUGCUAUAAAAGGAAACUUCAUACUAGUGCAAAUACAUUAUAUUAAUGAAGGAUUCGAAUUCAGAACGCUGUAUUACCAUGUUACAAACCCCUGAACAAGGUAAAUGUAUUUUGUAUAUAAUGGUCCCCUUUGUGCAUUUGUGGACAUGUAUUUUAUGUAUACUUUACACAUUAACAAUUGUUAAGAAGACUCUAUGAUGAAAUGUGUACAUUAUUUGAAAUUGUUCCUGUUAUGUUAUUAAUUCACAUUAUUUGCUAGGAGUGCAAACGGGCCGGUUAUAUUGAUUUGGUUUUUCUGUGAAUGAAUGUCAAUAUAUUGUGUUACAUUUCAAAGUAAAUAUACUUUUAUGAAGUA